AUGCCUGACCAAGCCCUUCAUACUCUAGAAGAAUAUCCUACUUUUAUACCCCUCAUCACAACAGAUUCAGCCAGCUCUUGCUCAAAAGUCAUCGCAUCAUCGGACGGGUCAACACAAUCAGGUUUUCUUUCACCGUUUACAAAAGCCACAGAAACAGCAUCUAAUGCAACAACAGACCAGAUCAGUCCAUCACCCUCUGAUGUUCAUAAAGACGACUUGGUCAUACCAGUCCAUGAAGAACAGCGGCAUGUACAAAAGGAUCGAGUGCUCAAGCAAGGCCUUGUACUCUGCACUAGAACAGCCCAAUGGUACACAAAGAAAAAGUCAACCACUCGUGAAUUACAGUUGAGAAAGACUCGCUUGCGAUGGAGGCAGUUCAAGGCAGUGCUGCGACCUGAUAAAAUCGAAUUAUACCAUGUGACGACCACCUUUCUUCAUACCCAACGAAUAGCACAUGUCAUUUACCUCAACAACAAAUACCCCUAUAGACGAGUACGCUUGUCGCUCGUUUCGAUACAAGAUUACAUUUGGUGCCUGGAAUUUGUACAUUAUCAAACCAAGUCCAUUGUGUCAUUCCAUUUCCAAAGCGCAAGCUUGUCAGAGGCACAAGAGUGGUACAUGGCCCUGUAUCAUACACUGCCUGCAUUGCCUGCUUGUAAAAAACCAAUUCCAGCAUUUGUUGACAUUCAAGUCAUGAUUGAUACCCCAAUGCAGGUCCGAUUACCCUUAGACUAUGUAUUGAAACACACCAAAGAUACCCUUUUAAACAUCCAUAUUCAGGACAUCAAGCCAGUCAUUAGGUCAUUACUGCAAAAAGAUGAUCUAUCGCAUACAGCAGAUUGGUUUCGCAAUGAAUUUCGGCUUUGCUGGAGGCCCAUUGAUGUAUCAAACAAACGGACAAGCACUGUGAUUACCUCGGGUGAUAGGAUAGAGUGGCUGGCAGAAAACACGGUUUUGAUAGGGCCGCAGCUGAUUGAGCAGAGACAUGUAUUGGAAUUGCACACUUCAGAGAAACCAAUGGAGAAACAGAAAGUGGAACGAAGAAUCAUCACAUUUGACAGCUUGCUGAUCAACAAGACAUGGACGAAAACCAAAAGCCAGCAAAAGAUCAAGUGCAAAAAGUCCUACUUUUACGUUGUACUAUAUGGCCAUCACCUGUUCUUCUUUGAUGGACCUUACUACUACUAUUACAAACGUCAAGUACAACGCCAGGAAAAUCAGAGACAGCGGGAAGAACAAUCCAAGCAAAAAAAGCGAAAUAACUGGUUCUCAGCGACAACAGGUCUGUUGCUGCAGCAACGGAAACUCAUCAUAUCCAAGGAAAAUAAGAGGCGCAUUUACGAACUAGGUAAUCAAUCAUCACCGCAUCUCAAAUACGCCUCUCCAGAAUCUGUGCCUUUGCCUGACCCCACAAAGCUGGUCAAUGCACACCUACUACUGGAUCUACACAGAGUGACGCGAGUACAGCCCAUGUUGCAAAAGGGCACGCAGCACGCUACAUCAAACAUGUUUGAAAUCCAUAUUGAAGAUGCCAUUUUGUAUUACGAGGCGCCAAGCACGCAAAUCAUGCUACAAUGGGUGACGCUUAUCAGCAGCAUGAUUAAAAUGGAGCACCUGCUAGUAAGCUCGUCGCUCUCCUAUCGACAUCAUCGAGGCAAUGACGGGAACAAGAGCAUUUUGCAAUCAGGGUUUCUGUAUGUCAAGCAGGAUUUCAAGAGAUCGUUUCAGCCUCACUAUUGUGUGCUGACCAAGAGCGAAGAAUACGACGGACUCAUCAUGUUUGAUACACUGCACAAAAAUCCGGAUAAUCGCCAUGCUUUGUACAACUGUUUGGGCAGCCGUUCUGAUGGUGGCGAACAUAUGCAGCAGCGCAAGGAACUGCUCUUGUACCAAAAGAAAAGGGUGCUGUUACAGUUAAAAGACGCCUAUGUCUACUCUGGAGAUGAGUGCAUUUUGGAUAAAUACGAGCAAGAAAAGGUGGAGCCGCUUCGGUUCUACAAGGAUGGUAUUGUUACUGGUGGCAACAAGACGUCUGAGUGCAUUUUUGUGAUCUGGCAGAUAGCCAAAAGACGGUUUGUACCCAACGUACGAGAGUACAUGUCCAUUUUCAAGCUGGGACAUCGCUUAGGCAACCGAGGCAGAUGCUGGGUAUUCAAGGCGAGAAGUAAGCAAGAACGGGACGAAUGGUUAGAGGCGUUGAAUGUCGAGUUUGGUCUAUUAUCAGGCAAAUAA